AACAUGUGACAAUGACAGUGAAAAAUCACAGUCGGCAACCUUUGAGGUUAGGUCAUGUGAGACGCCAAUAUCGUUCCUUGGCAUAGACUUUGCGAAUACUGAAUCAGAAUCAGUAGAUUAACUAACUUGCUGACGAUCAGAGUGUAGCUGCGCUCAUGAUUAUUCAUACGAGGAUUUGAAAUUCAUAGCGGCCCACUGAUGAUAUCGGAGUAUCGGACACUAGCAUCAUGACCUCAUUGACAUCUAUUCCUACCGUGUCGCGAAUAUCAAACCGUGUCAUUCGCAUCCUCGGCUGCAAUCCAGGCCCAAUGACGUUGCAGGGGACUAACACGUACCUCGUUGGUACAGGACCAAGACGGAUUCUGAUCGAUGCGGGUGACAAAACAACGUCGACCGAGUACACGAAGCACUUGACCGAGGUGCUUAGGAGCGAAAACGCGACAUUGGAACACCUUUUGUUGACUCACUGGCACCAUGAUCACAUCGGUGGUGUGUCGGCGGUGAAAGCCUUGGUGGAAUCCAGAGUAACCGAACCAAACAAGUCGGAAAAAUCGGGAAUUUCAAAGAGUGAUCGACUCAGGGUGUCGAAGUUACCCAGGGCACCAGAUGACCUUGAAAAUAUCAGCGACGACGAACGUUCAUUGAAAUGGGAGACCAUGGAGAACGGGCAAUCGUUUCGGACGGAAGGGGCAACUUUGACAGUGAAAUGGACUCCAGGACACACGACGGAUCAUGCAUGCCUGAAACUCGAAGAAGAGAACGCGAUCUUCAGCGGCGACUGCAUUCUGGGCGAGGGAACGGCCGUCUUCGAGGACCUCCGCGACUAUAUGGCCUCACUAUCCGAGAUCCUUGAUAUUUCUCCAAAUAUCAUUUAUCCAGGACACGGACCGGUCAUCGAGGAUCCUGUGCCUCGAAUAAAGUUCUAUAUCGCUCAUAGGCAGCAGAGGGAAAAGGAAAUCCUUGAUGUCCUCUACAAGCACGCCACCGACACACCGAUGUCGGAAAUUGACGUAGUCAGACAUGUUUAUAAAGAUACACCCGAGAACCUCUGGAUUGCAGCUGCUGAGAACGUUAACCAUCAUCUGAAGAAGCUUCUGAAGGAGCGGAAGGUCUGCGGUGGAACUGGAGCCUGGCUCAAAUGCGUUUGAAUAUAUGUAGCAAGAAAAAUACACUACUGGUUUACACUAGAUUUGCGGAAGGAUAUUGUAAAAUGUCAACACAAGCAGUCCAGCACAAAAACAUGGUUCAAAAUAUACAUAUGAUUACAGAAAA